GCAUUACCAAUUGUGCAACACACAUUGUGAAAACUGUUCGUGUCAGCAGGUCGGUUCUCAUUCUUUGUUUGACCUUGGCGGUGAAUCAUUCGAAUAUUACGUAGCGGCAAUGAAAAUGUAUUUUCUCCUGGUUUCGAUUUUGGUGUUACACCAAGCAGUGGCAAUAGAAGUUGAGACAAAUAAACUGAUGGAAGCAAUGAGUGAGAUUACUCCAACAACUGUUAACGAAAAGGUGAACGUAGUUUGUCCUGGUGGCGAAGUCCAGUGCCCAAGUGGUAACACAUGCUGUAAACUGGAAAGUGGCCAGUGGGGAUGUUGUCCUCUACCGAACGCCGUUUGUUGUCCAGAUCAUCUACAUUGUUGUCCCAAUGGCUACACCUGUUCAGGAUCAGGAGGCUUCUGUAGUCGGGGAUCUCAAAUUGUGAAGCAAUUUAGAAAAAAUGCCGCAAUAAAGGUGAACGUAGUUUGUCCUGGUGGCGAAGUCCAGUGCCCAAGUGGUAACACAUGCUGUAAACUGGCAAGUGGCCAGUGGGGAUGUUGUCCUCUACCGAACGCCGUUUGUUGUUCAGAUCAUCUACAUUGUUGUCCCAAUGGCUACACCUGUUCAGGAUCAGGCUUCUGUAGUCGGGGAUCUCAAAUUAUGAAGCAAUUUAGAAAAAAUGCCGCAAUAAAGGUGAACGUAGUUUGUCCUGGUGGCGAAGUCCAGUGCCCAAGUGGUAACACAUGCUGUAAACUGGCAAGUGGCCAGUGGGGAUGUUGUCCUCUACCGAACGCCGUUUGUUGUUCAGAUCAUCUACAUUGUUGUCCCAAUGGCUACACCUGUUCAGGAUCAGGCUUCUGUAGUCGGGGAUCUCAAAUUAUGAAGCAAUUUAGAAAAAAUGCCGCAAUAAAGGCGAAGAACGUAGUUUGUCCUGGUGGCCAAGCCGAGUGCCCAACUGGUAACACAUGCUGUAAAGUGGCAAGUGGCGAGUAUGGCUGUUGUCCUCUACCGGAAGCCGUUUGUUGUUCCGAUGAAGAACAUUGUUGUCCCCAUGGCUACACCUGUGGAACAGGAGGCUUCUGUUAUAAGGGAUCUCAAGUUAUAAAGCAAUUUAGAAAAAAUGCCGCAAUAAUAAAGGCGAAGACCGUAGUUUGUCCUGGUGGCAAAAGCGAGUGCCCAGAUGGUAACACAUGCUGUGAACUGGCAAGUGGCGAGUAUGGCUGUUGUCCUCUACCGAACGCCGUUUGUUGUUCAGAUCAUGAACAUUGUUGUCCCCACGGGAAUACCUGUGAUCUGUCAGCAGGAACGUGUGUCCCGAAAAGUGGCGCAGUGACACAACUUCUUCUCAAGAAACCAGCUAAUCGCUUGUUCAAGGCGAAGACCGUAGUUUGUCCUGGUGGCAAAAGCGAGUGCCCAGAUGGUAACACAUGCUGUGAACUGGCAAGUGGCGAGUAUGGCUGUUGUCCUCUACCGAACGCCGUUUGUUGUUCAGAUCAUGAACAUUGUUGUCCCCACGGGAAUACCUGUGAUCUGUCAGCAGGAACGUGUGUCCCGAAAAGUGGCGCAGUGACACAACUUCUUCUCAAGAAACCAGCUAAUCGCUUGUUCAAGGCGAAGACCGUAGUUUGUCCUGGUGGCAAAAGCGAGUGCCCAGAUGGUAACACAUGCUGUGAACUGGCAAGUGGCGAGUAUGGCUGUUGUCCUCUACCGAACGCCGUUUGUUGUUCAGAUCAUGAACAUUGUUGUCCCCACGGGAAUACCUGUGAUCUGUCAGCAGGAACGUGUGUCCCGAAAAGUGGCGCAGUGACACAACUUCUUCUCAGGAAACCAGCUAAUCGCUUGUCCAAGGUCAUGGACGUGCAAUGCGAUUCUACCCAUUAUUGCCCAGAUGAAAACACAUGCUGUAAACUGGUGUCUGGCGAUUGGGGCUGUUGUCCUCUACCGGAAGCCGUUUGUUGUUCAGAUCAUGAACAUUGUUGUCCCCACGGGAAUACCUGUGAUCUGUCAUCAGGAAAGUGUAUCCCGAAAAAUGGCCCAGCAACACAACUCUUUCGAAGAAAACCAGCUACUCGCUUACACAAGGAAGGUAAACCAGUCAAAAACAAGUAAAUGAUUCACGGAAACUUCACGGACAUUGGUUUUCUGGGACUUGCACGCUUCUGACAAAUACGUAUUUGCAGUUAGUUGUGCGAACAUAUAGAUUCAUAAUUCUUAAGUUUUAUUAUUGAUUAUUUUAAAAUAUCCUGAUAAGAUACGGUAACGUUAACUUUGUUUACCGAGUUAAAUUUGACAUAGUUGGAAAUGGGAUUAAAUUUAUAAAGCUA